AUGACCGCUCUCAGGGUCCUGGAUUUGUCACGGACUGCCCUUCAGUCGUCGCCAGAAACCUUGGGGUGUUUGAAACAUUUAGUUUGUCUUAGGUUAUGCUCUGUGCCAAUCAAGAGACUGCCCAACUCUAUCACCACUCUCACAAACCUUCAAAUAUUAGAUCUUUAUGGAUCUCAAAUUACAAAACUCCCAUCCAGCAUUUCUAAGCUGACUUCCCUAAAACUUUUGGAUGUCACCUUUUGUGAGCAUCUACAGUGCAUGCCUUACGGGAUCUCAAACCGUACAUCUCUGGAGUACUUGGAUACAAACAAUUCUCCAAAUAUAGCAUGGAAUAAGUGCAGAAAAGGCCAGCUUUUAAUUAAUGAUCUGGGCACUUUAGACCAACUCAAAAGGUUGGGGCUUAAAAAUAAUGGUAAAAUGAUUCGAGGAAUGCUGGGAUCCAUGAAGCAGAUUAAGUCCCUACAUUUGUCUCUCACAGAUAUGGAAAACCUGCCCCAAGACAUGGCUUCCAUGUCAAAAUUGAGGAAACUCUGCCUUUCGUGUCCUCAAUUACUCCAAAUAGAAAACUCAUUUUGUGGAUUUCAACAUCUGAGCUACAUUAGAUUGUUCAAUUGUGGUACGUUGAAACUACCUGCUUUGCACAUGCUUCCGAGUCUAAAACACCUGAAUAUUGUUGCCUGCCCCAACAUCGAGAAGUUCCCAAAGGAAUUUGCCAAGGAUACAGCAUUUCCUAAUUUGGAGGUAUUUUCAAUGGUGGAGAUGAGGAAGUUACAACAGCUGCCAAUAGUGGAAGGAGAAGCGCUGUGUUCACUAAAAACAUUGACAAGAAUCAAGAGUGAGGCAUUGCAGAUGUUGCCACAGUGUUAUUGGAAUUUGAAGAGUGUAGAAAAAAUAAGUGUAUUGAUGCUCAAAGGCUCAACUUGUCAUGGCAGAGGAAGAAAUGUUUAUCAAGACAAAGAUCAAGGUGCAAACAUUAGCAUUAUCUACCACAGAAACUCAAGCAUUAGAAGGGCGCUUCUGUGA